AUGUCGAUUACAACUCUAAUAGCAUCGAGUGAAGGCAUUGCAGUUGACGUUUCUGAUCAUCAUGGACUGAGUGGAGUGGAAAAUAUGGGAACAGGCUCGAGCAAAGGUUCGUCCUCCCCCUUCGAAAUCGAUAAAACAAAGAACAAGACAGUGAACGCUGGCAUUAGCGAGGGACAUCCCUAUUCUGGUUCCAACUACGGCGUUCCCAAAACUCCUUCCUCUUCAAACAAAGGCAGCAAUCAACCAAGUCCGACCAGCUCAGAAGCCAAGAAGGAAGAAUAGAAGAACGUUCACCUCUCUCAUUUCCAUUGUUUGCUUAUUAACCCUGUUAUUAACCUCAUUUGCUUCGUUUGCUUGCCAUAGUUCGUUUGGACCGAUUGAAUACGGC